UUACACACACACACCCACACACACACACAAACAUACACACCAACAUAGAUAGGAGAAGUUACACACCAACCAUUUUCCACCAAACCAUCUCUUUCCCCUCCCACUCCCAACUCUCUCAGAGAUAUUGGUCAGUUUGAGGCUUAAAUGGCUUAAAAGAUUGAUUUUUGGAGGAACCCAUUCAGUACUGCUCCUGGUUCCUUUCUUCCUAGAGUGGAAGAUCCAACAGGUCACUUAAACCCCAAAAGAAGAAGAAAAGAGAAAAAAUGUCGUCCGGUGAAUCUCUUCAUGCGGAACUAUCGACCAAGAUGCCACCUUUUGGCCUGAGACUGUGGGUCGUGAUCGGCAUUAGCGUGUGCAUGCUAAUCGUAUUCAUCCUUUGUUUCCUUUGCAUUUGGGCAACAUUCAGAAAGAAAAAAACAAGGGCCUACGACACCUUUCCUAUCUCUCAAAUCCCAGAUGUCUCCAAGGAAAUUGCGGUGGAUCGGGUCGGUUCCAACGGUCUUAACCGCAACGUCCACGAAAACCAAGGCCAUUUCCUCACCUUACAGGACAAAUACAGUGAUAAGCAUUCGGGUAAAAUGUUGGCGCACUUGGCGAGGAGUAAAUCGAGUGAUGCAGAUAAUUUGAGCCAAUGCAGCUCGGUCUACCACAUCGACCAGGCCGGGAGUUCGCAUUCGGGGGAUGAGGGAGGAUCAGGGCCUGCGAGAUCGCACCCAAUUGUGUCAGCAUCUCCUCUAGUAGGUCUACCCGAAUUCUCGCAUUUGGGAUGGGGACAUUGGUUCACUUUAAGAGAUCUGGAGAACGCCACUAAUCGGUUUUCGAAGGAGAAUGUUAUUGGAGAGGGCGGAUAUGGAGUUGUUUAUCGGGGCAAGUUGAUAAAUGGAACAGAGGUUGCAGUGAAGAAGCUUCUUAACAAUCUGGGCCAGGCAGAAAAGGAAUUUAGAGUGGAGGUUGAAGCAAUCGGCCAUGUCAGACAUAAGAAUCUGGUGCGGCUUUUGGGUUAUUGCGUAGAAGGGAUACAUAGGAUGCUCGUGUAUGAGUAUGUGAACAACGGGAACUUAGAGCAGUGGCUUCACGGUGCUAUGCGCCAGCAUGGCAUUCUUACCUGGGAAGCACGCAUGAAGAUUAUCCUGGGCACUGCAAAAGCCCUUGCUUAUUUGCAUGAAGCAAUAGAGCCGAAAGUUGUGCACCGAGAUAUUAAAUCAAGCAAUAUCUUAAUAGAUGAUGAAUUUAACGGCAAACUCUCUGAUUUUGGAUUGGCGAAACUUCUCGGUGCGGGCAAAAGCCAUAUUACGACCAGAGUAAUGGGAACAUUUGGGUACGUGGCACCUGAAUACGCCAAUACUGGGUUGCUGAAUGAGAAGAGCGAUGUAUACAGUUUUGGAGUGCUUUUGUUGGAAGCUGUGACAGGUCGAGAUCCUGUAGACUACGCUCGCCCAGCUAAUGAGGUCCAUCUUGUCGAGUGGCUUAAAGUAAUGGUCGCUAAUAGGAGAGCUGAGGAGGUAGUUGACCCAAACUUGGAAGUUAAACCAGCAACGCGGGCCCUCAAGCGCGCACUUCUGGUUGCACUGAGAUGUGUGGACCCCGAUUCCGAUAAAAGGCCUAAGAUGGGCCAGGUUGUUCGCAUGCUCGAAGCAGAGGAAGUCCCCUUCCGCGAGGAUCGGAGAAGCCGGAGAACUCACAUGAACAGUAUGGAGGUCGACUCCGUCCGAGAGAAUGCGAGCUUGAGUGACGCGGAAAACGGAGUCGCUGUGGCAGAUGCUAGAUCUUCCGCACGGUUUCAGUCGUAAGCGGAUUGAUUUGCGACAAAAAUGAGAUCAAAAAUCGUUUUUUUUUUUCUCUUAAUCCUGCUAACAAGAGGAAGGGAAACUUCUAUUGACCGCGCGCGGCUACAAGUAGAUGAGGAGAUACAUUUUCUGCAGCAUCAUCAUCCUCUUGGAACUUCAAUCUAGUAUUUAUUUAUUUAUUUUUAGUUGCUUCUUUUUUGUUUCAGCCUUUGUUGUACAGGUAUCUGAUUUUAAGUUCAUAUUUUUCAUAUACCUAUUUCAUUUGGGUACCAUAAUGGCCACCAUUAAUGUGAUCCUCUCUUGCUAGUUUUGCUUUUUAAGUUGUAAUGACAUGUUUUAUUUAAAUGAUUGGUAGUUAUUUGUUAUGCUCUUUUGAGCCACCAUA